UCUAUCCCGAAUCAUGGCACAGUUCUCUUCGACCUGUCAUGGUAUGUGUUGGCGUGCGCUCGAUGUGGAACAAUGGCAGACUAAUCUCAGUUCAGGACCAUUACUGCAACUCUAUGGCUGUCGACCUGCCCGAAACCGACGCUUCAACGAGACAGGGAAUUCGAACACAGCUAGUUGGCCUUAUCCUCACCGAUCCAGCUUCCCUGCACGCGCUCAUGCUCGUGGCCACAGCUCAUCUCGCCAAGUUACAUGGAGACAAUUCACACAACAUCGAUGUAUUACAGCUGCGAGGCAUGGCCAUUCAAGAAGUGAACCGAGCCAUGACUGACCAUGGAGCGCAAGGCCGCGCAACAAGCGAUAGCAUGAUCGUGGCUGUCGGAAAAAUGGCUACAUUUGAAUUACUAUUCGGCCACCGAGAGAUCUUCCACACCCACAUGACAGGACUCCAGCGCAUGGUCAGUCUUCGUGGAGGCUUACCAGCGCUGGGACUUGGUGGUGUACUCGAGCGGUCGCUUCUCUGGAUCGACGCCAACGCUGCAGAAAUUACUGGAGGCGCUCUCUACUUCCCCCCGGCAGUCUUCGCGUCUUCAUCAAGUCACCCUCGUGCAGACCGCAGAUUGUUCCUCAUGGGCCUCCAGACUCAAGCGUGAUGACACCGGCGACCGCGGAGUCGGUAAAGGAACACCCGCGCCGUCUGUGCAGCUGGCUGGCCAGCUGUCAACAGUUCUGUGCAGAAUUUCUCGAUGCCACGAUCUUGACCGACAAUGUAUUCUGGACCCAAUGAGCU